AUGCAGAGACUCGGAAGUCUGGCGGCCAUGACCCUGGCGGUUUUCCUGGUGUGUUCUUUCCCGGGGAACUCCAGCAGCGUUCCGCAGAGACUGCUGGAGAGGAGGAAUUGGACUCCACAAGCCAUGCUCUACCUUAAGGGGGCACAGGGGCGUCGUUUCCUCUCCGACCAGAGCCGGAGGAAGGACCUCUCGGACCGGCUGCCUCCAGAAAGACGGAGCCCAAAGGCCCAGCUCCUGACUCCUCCGGAGGCAGUGGCCGUCUUCCUGGCAUCCUUACGAAACCCGCAGGGAGAUGGAAAAGAAGACUUUCAUCAGACCGGAUUCCUGGAAGACCAUAUACUAAACUGGUGAAAAUGUGCUGUUUUACAUUCAGUUUUAGGUCUGUGUUGGUGGAAGGCAUGACCCACAAACCCUUGUAUUUUUCACUCCAUUUGUAAUUUUAGCAAUAUGCACAGUGAGGUUUAUUCCUUCAGAAGCCAAAGCAAUGCAGACUUUUUACCCCCAGAGCAGCAUUGCCUUCUUCCAUCGCUUCCCGUCCGGUCUAGGUCAGCCUGUGUGUCACCCAGGAGUGUUUUAGAGCCCUGGUACACACAUGGCUGAAGACACUCCAGUUUUUUCAGCUUUGGCACAGCAGUGCCUGUGGUGAUUCUUGUUGAUUUUCCCUUCUGUUCUGUCUUGGAUUUUGUUGUCACUCAGCAGCCCUUCUG